CAAAUUUUGCGAUCUGCAAACUCUAUAUUUUUUCCUUUCAAUGGAGAAUCCAGAAAACUUGAACAUAUACAAAGCUUCGAGAACUAUAAAACGAAGUGAAAAUACUCUGUACAACGCUCUACGAUCCAUUUACGAGGAUUCUAUAUUCGUCGGCGAGAUUGCUCAGCUAUGGCCGGAGCUUCCGCUGUUAGCAAAUCUCCGUUGUGGACUUUGGUACUCUCUGAAAUUUCACUCUACUUGCUAUUUCAAAUCAACUGAUGGACACACCAAUAAUUGGUCUUUCAAUACAUCUCGACUUAAUCUCCAUGUCGCCCUUCUUGCUGAAGGGAGGGUGUAUGAUUAUUGAUUCAACAAGGAAAGGGAAGCGGUUUCCAGAUAGUAUGUCAAAGACGAUACCAAUUUGGACGUGUGUAUUGAAUCGUGCCAUCAGGAAUUACAGAACGAGAUUUGGUUUGAAUGGUAGUGCAGAAAAGAAUGAGUCAAAUGAUUCUACAGAGUGUCGUAAUACUAUUAAUGAGGACUCAUAUAGCUGGGAUUGUUCCUUGCAUCUCCCUUUGUGGGUCUCAAAUACUGAAAGAGCGCUUAUUGAGGAGCGUUUAGACGGAUGGACCAAGGAUCUGGAGGUCAGUGGAGCUGAUAUUGCCUCCAUUGCUUUAUCCCUAAAAAAACCACUACGCCCAUUAUGGAUUUCACAAAAAACUGUGAUCUGGUUAAAUGAAGUACCUGAUUGUGAUUCUUGGGACUUCACUCCAAUAAUACUUGUUUCAACGUCCUCCCCAAGUAGCAAUUUUCAGCAAAGAACAACCUCUGAAUUUAGUUGGAGGUACAUAGCUGGAGCUGGAGACGAUGAGGAAAGUUGGGCAAGGGGCCUGUCAUCAUCUCUUUUCUGGAAACAUGCUUAUGAUCUCAUAAACUCUGGUCCCGAUACAUGUAAUAAGACGGUAGCUGAUAUUGUUGAAAAAGAUAGGGUAUACCGUGCACAAAGGGGAGAAAAUGCUCCUCAAAUAUCUAUUAAGCCUUCAAAAUCUUCUGUGAGUAGUGGCCAUUUUCCUGAUCAAGAACAGCUAGACCUGGAGCUUCAAUGUAUGAACAUAGAUGAGAAGUCGUAUGAUAAAAAUUCCAUAUCUUGGCUGGGGGAAACAAAUCUAGCAGUUGGCAAAACUCAGCUUGCUAAGGACGCAUCUGGUGUCGAUUGUGUAUUGAGUUGUGAGUUGGAGACUAAUUCUUUUUGUUUCAAGGAAUCUGGAGCCCAUUUAAACCUAUCUAUUGUGAGCUCGAAGUUUGACAGGUCUUCUUUGUUAAGAAAUCUUCCUUCAGCGGUGAAUUUUGCCAAGAACAACUUGAGAAAAGGAAAGAAACUCCUAGUUUGCUGCAAUAGUGGGGAAGAUAUUAGCAUCUGUGUAUGCUUAGCAAUCUUGAUGUCAUUAUUCGAUGACAAAGGCCACUUUGAUGAAGGGAGAUUUUUUAACGAGACACGAAUCAAUAAAUUGGAGUUAAGGCGACGAUUGGUGUUUAUCUGCCAAUUUGCUGUGAAUGCUCGUCCGUCAAGAGGGAAUGUUAAACAAGUCUUUAGUUAUCUUUGUGGAGGAAAUGUUGCGAUUACUUCUUGAGCCAAGAUGAAAGUUUGAGUUCUUAUAAAUUCAAUGAAUGUUAGCCUUCUUGUAUUUUACUAUAUAGUAUGAUAUAUAAAUUCUGUUUUCUACUUCAUUUGUUGUUUCAUAACUCCAAAAUAAUGUUUUCACAA